UCCAUUAUGCCAAGCUUCACCCAUUGUAACCAAUUCUUGCAACAAGAAGAACCUCUGAUCCAUGUCUUACAGCCACAGUUGGAAAGAAUGCUCAGGAACAUCCUUGCCAAAUUUGUCAAAGCAUCCGUUAUCGCAGAACAUCUGAGAGCAGGUACAUUAACAUCUAUAGAUUUCAAGAAUGAUGAGAAUCAUGUUGGCAAUAAUUGCUUAUCAGUUGGAUUCUUGACAAAACAAAGUCUGGACAAGCUAUUGAGAGAAGGUGACAUCUCACUUCACCAGUAUGCCAAAUUCUUCAUGGCAACAAAGGCCUUUUUAAUUCGAACUUCAGAGUACCUGCUAAAGUGGUGCCCUUUAGAAGACGAGCUGUUGAUGCAUGCCACCUGGAUUGACUUUCAACACAGAUUGGAAAAGAGUUUUAUGUCUGUUGGGUAUUUUGUUGCAAAGUAUCCCGAAAUAUUUCCUGACAUGGAUUUGGAAAGCUUAAACGAGCAAUUCUUGAACUACCAGUUGUUGCUGGAAGAAGAUAUUCCAGCAGAGGUAAAAGAAGUUGCCAAAUGUGCAGAAGAUGAUCCACAUUACCGAGUUGAUAUUCUUUGGGGGUAUCUGAAGGGUGUGAAGAAACCAGGUACAAAUUCACUUGAGUUUGAUCUUCUCUUCCGUGUUGCUGAAGUUGUUAUGACCAUACCACAUUCAAAUGCAGGGGAAGAGAGAAUAUUUUCUCUCAUAAACAAAAAUAAAACGCCAAGUCGCAGCUCCCUUGAGCUUAAUGGCACACUUUCCUCUUUAAUGACUUUAAUUGUUGUGAAAAUCCACAUCCAAGAUCCUCUAAAUUGGCAACCAUCGAGGUCUCUCAUUGAAAAAGCGAAGAAGUCAACAAAGUUGUAUAAUGACAAACAUAAAUGA